AUGGCAGAAACUCUCUCAAAUUCCAAUUCCCCCAAAAAACAGAGAUCAAAAUUGAACCAUAAUCCUUCAGAAAUAGACAGAUUAAGCUCACUCCCAGACACCCUUUUGUUUGAAAUCCUCUCUCUCCUCCCCCUCAACUCCGCCGCCGCCGCUUCCACCUUAUCCCGCCGUUGGCUCCGCCUUUGGACCCACCGCACCCACCUCUUCUUCGACGGUUGCCGCCCCCCAUACUUCAAAUUCCCCCACUUUUUCACCAACACCAACCACAUUCUCAACCAACUCACCUCCCCUCAUAUUCACACCUUCAAUCUUUCCUUCCGUCAUUCUCCUUUAACCAACAAUGAGUUUCUUCUUUGCUCCACUCUUCUGGAUUCAUGGGUCCCUCUUAUUUGCGCCCGAAAUCCAGUAAACUUCAAGGUAUGCUUCGACUUUGGAUUUACUGGCCAUUUUAUUACUUUACCGCCUAUUAUUUUUGAAACCCAAUCACUUGUACAGCUUGAAUUAUUGGGAAAUCUUUACUGUAAAUUGCCAAUUGGUGAUAUUAACCUCUCUAAUUUGAACAAGAUUGUUAUGCGCCUUCGUUUCGAUCCUCGGGUUUUGAAAACAUUGUUUAAGUCUUGCCCGUUGUUAGAGAGUUUGUUAGUUGCAUUUGAAUUGAUGGAGGAUGAAACAAUAGAGAUAUCAGCUCACAAUCUCAAGUCAUUGACUAUCCUAAUGAAUGGAUCAUCGCGUGCUAGCAAAUUUGUGAUUGAUGCACCAUUGUUGGAGGACAUUGAGAUUAACCGUUGCGUUGCAUUAUAUAGUUUUGUUAGUAAACCAAGAGUGUUACAAAAGGCAACUAUUGGGUUUUGGACUCAGAUUUUUGAGGAUGGAACUGAUCUUACUCUUCUACCGGAGUUUCUUCGUGGGAUUUCGAGUGUUAAGUCCAUUCAUUUAGUGGAUAAUCUUGCUCUAUUCAAUAGCCUUAAUGCUAUAGAUGCGAAUGUAUGGUUCGACUUUCAUAAUCUCACGCAUCUUAGCUUGAUUGUUUCUGAGGAACAUGUGAUUUGGGAUGCUCCAAUAUCUACCCAUUUGUUAAGUAGGCUCAAGAAAAUAGAUAUAUCAGAGGUUAAACUUAUAGGGGAAGACAAUGAUAUCAAGUUGGUAAAAUAUAUUCUAAGUAAUGCAAAUGUUUUGGAAACGCUUUACAUUUCUAGUGAUGCCAACUAUGAUGACUAUGACAAGGGCGGAAGUUAUAAACUUUGGACCAAAUAUAUGUUCUGUAGGAGAUUGUUCAGGCUUCCAAGGAGCUCUUUAACUUGUAAAAUUGAAUUUUAUGGUGCUUAUAUCACUGCAUCUGUUGAUGGAUCUGGAAAUGGAUCAGUUGUUUCUCAAAUUGAUUGGGAAGGACCUGUCAUGUGGCAUGACACGGACGAGGAUGAGGAAUAG